ACAAUCUUCUUCGUCUCAAAUCCUGCAAGAUUCCGAUCGCCAUGGAUGAUGAUGGAGCUGUUGAGAGACGUGAAGUGCAACGUCGAUUGAUCGUUCGUUUCGCCGUCGCAGUCACGCUCGUUCUUUUCACCGGAGUCUACAAACGAGCAGCUGGUUUCAAUGGUUCGGAUCCAAAUUUGGGAACGGAGACGACGGAGAACGAACACGAUGCGUUCUAUUGGGCAUCAAUGUUCAACAAAGCAGCUCAGAUUUAUUCUUUGGCCGCGACUAUCCAUACCCUACCUACGACGCUAAUGUUGGCACUAGUGAUGAGAUGCCGAAUAUACUGCAACUGCGAUACGCAGAUCCUCAUGUCUUUCAUUUUCUCUCUGCUUUUCACAAUCUUCGUCUCAAUUUUUUCCUGCAAAAUUCCGAUCGCCAUGGAUGAUGGAGCUGUUGAGAUACGUGAAGAGAAACGUGAGAGACGUGAAGAGCAACGUCGAUUGAUCGUUCGAUUCGUCGCCGCAGUAGCGCUCGAUCUUUUCACCGGAGUCUACAAACGAGCAGCUGGUUUCGACGGUUCAGAUCCAAAUUCGGGAACGGAGACGACGGAGAACGAACACAGUGCCACGACGGAUGCGAAGUCUCCGAGAAGACUGCGAUCUGAAGCUUCUGUGUGGUUUCAUCUGCGUAACGAUCUCGCUCUGUCUCAUGGCGUAUCUUCGCUGGUGGGUGACUUGUUAGUCGUUCUCAUCGCCGAUGGUUUCAAUCUCUACCUCGCCUUAUGUGUUCGCUCUGUUUCUUGGGUUACCUUUCUCUGGUUCGUCGUGGAGUCAGAAUCAUCCUCUGCUUUUUUCGUAUGGAACGUUUCUCUCGCCAUGGAUGGAGUUGUUGAGAUACGUGAAGAGAAUCGUGACGAGGGACGUGAAGAGCUUCGUCGAUUGAACGGUCGUUUCUUCGUCGCAGUGUUGCUUGAACUGUCCACAAGAGUCUGCAAACGAGCUGCUGGUUCAUAUCCAAAUCCGACGAAGACCGGACACGUGGCGUAUUCUUGGGCGAUGGAGUUCAACUUGUGGGCGCAUCUGGCUUUUACGCUUGUGAUUUUCAGAACCAUUUUUGCUCCGAUGGUGGUGAAACUGGAAGGGAUGAGAAAAGUACGACAAGAGUGCGACGUGCAGCUACUCGUGGGUUUAAUAUUUGUCGUGCUCACGCUCUCUUUCUCAGCCUACCUUCGCUGCUUCGUCGGGUGAGUGGUGUGUCUCAGUUUCUUCCACCGUUACACGUCAUCAAACUCUAUGGACCUGUGUCGUUUUGUGAGACCAUCGCCGAUGCUUAUAUGAUCUCUCUUUCUAUCUACGUACUUUUCGUUUUUUUCUUUUUCUUUGGGUUUGUGUUUUCAACAUUAUGGUUUCUUUGAUUAGAGGUUUGAACAUGAUUUGGACCUGUGUCGUUUAGUGAGACCAUCGCCGAUGCUCUGUAUCUGCUUUUCGUUUCUUUCUUUGGAUUUGUGUUUUGAACAUUUUGGUUUCUUGAAUAAACAAGAUUUUCUGAA